CCCAUCCCACCCCUAAAUAGGCGCACUGAAGCGAGAGCUCUCCUCGCUUCAAUGGCGCCGGGCGCCCACGCAACAGGCCGCGAGGAUCAAAUGUCGUGAAUCUGGGUUUUGCGAUCGCGAUUGUGUGGGCCGAUCGGAUGAUAUUUCGUGGGUUUUCCAGCAGCGCGGAGCUGUUUUCGAUCGACACCAGCGUCCUCUGGGAGCUCGUAUGUGAUGUCAGUAACAGAGGGUCUCAUUGAAGAUAAAGCGGAUCAAAAUAAUGGGGUGGCAGUGGUCCCCAUAUCCACCACCACGGACCACAGCCCAGGAUCUCAUGGACAACCGGAUGCUCGAAUUCUAUCUAGAGUUUGCAGAUAUUGUUUCCACGGACGAUUCUCAAGAAAGAAUCAAGGCGCGUUUGAAUGCUCUCUUCGCGUAUGCGGAUUCACGAGCUCUCACUGGCCAUACCUCUCUCGAUGGUCUGCGCCAGCUUGUUAACGAUUUGCACUGGGAGCUCUUAGAUGCUCGCCGGUUUGGAACGUUCUACCGUUUUGUGUUCUUCAUGUGCCGGGAAAAGGGUCAGAAAAGCCUCACUGUGAGCAUCGCGGUGGAUGCUUGGAGGCUGGCCUUAACCGGGCGUUUCAGGCUGCUCGACCAGUGGUGCGAGUUUGUGCGAAUGCACCAUCGCCAUGCUAUUACCGAAGAUACCUGGCGACAAGUCCUGGAGUUUAGUAGGGUGGUGCACGAGGAUUUGAGCAAUUACGAUCCAGAAGGUGCUUGGCCUGUUCUUGUCGACGAGUUUGUGGAUCACAUGUACAGAAGCUCGUCAUGCUCUUGCAUUGCGGAAGCCUGCGUUUGCGAUCCGAGUGCAGUGCUGAGCUCUUCGGAAGUUUUGGAUGCUACCUCUCAAUUGAACCGAGCGAAUACACUACCAGGUAUGGCUGCUACCGCCGGUAGUAAGAGGCGGAGGAAAGACACGAACGACGAGGUGUCUUUGUCGCGGCAUUUGAAGCGUCUACUGCUGGAGAAACCUCUGCUCAUGUCCUCCGGUGGGUUUUGACAGAUGAAAGCUUUGUAGUAGAGAAAUUCUUUUCAAUGUAUAGUGGUGCCCGAGCGAGCGAUGAUUCUUUUUCCGCAUAGCAUUCUUGUGACCGAGAAAAACGUGACAAUAAUAUUAAUUCUCACUCGUGAUCUA